UGACAUUGCCUGUGGGGAAGACGUAAAAAGACGCACUUCCGAGCUUGUUAAACUCGCCUUUAGCGGCAGACAUGACAAUAUCAGCGUUUGGUUGCUCUCGCAGCAGCUUACCAGCGUCUCUAAGCCUUUCAGGGAAAACAUAGGUUCACUUGUCGUAUUUUAUACUCCAAGUAAGUCAGACUUUGAAACCAUCUUAAGCGACUACGGCGGUGAAAUAUCCAAGGAACAGUUGCAUGAAUACAUGCGGCAUCUAAAGACGCACCAACAUUCUAAGAUGAUCUUCUCUUUGAGGUUUCCGUACGAGGUAAAAAUCUCCGAUCUUUAACUCCUAAUGUAUAUGGAGAUUGAGCAGUUGAUAGAUGAAGUCCCCACACAGCUAGAUGAAAGUAACCUUAAGGAACAACUUAACAACCUUGUGUCAUCUGGGAAGUGUAAGGAAAUGAUAGGCAAGGAACUUACCCAUGAGCAGGUAAAUAAGUUGUCAGAAGAGGAGGUUAAGAAGUUCCAUAAAAGGUACGAGGCUGCCCUUGCGAGUAAGACCACGGACGCCGUAGCAGACUCCGCUAUCAAGCUGGCCACCAAGCUUCUCGGACUUGCACUGCCCAUAGACGACGUGGAGCAACUGCGGAAGGACAUAAGCGAGGACUACGUUAUUGCUCAAGAACUUAAGAUAACCUGUGGGUGGUUGUCUUUGAAGUGCGGUAAGUUAAUGGCGGUCGCCUCUGCGGCACUUCACGUAGCUCAGCACGUCGACUUGAAGGAUGUACUGGUGUCUUGGAAGGACUUCAAGAAGGACAGAGACGUUGAAAAGGUGUUUAAGGCAGCACUUGCCGAGGUACCUGAUCAAGUCGCCUCAAGUACUUAGUCAAGUCGUCCUUAAGUACUUACCCAGGUCACCUUAAGUUACCUGUCAAGUCCUUCAAGUCCUUAGUAUAAAUGAGUGAAGCACCAAGCGCAGAGCAACCUCAGGAGGAGCAAAAGAUCACCAAGGCUAA